UGCAGGAUGCUCGGUGCGGGGUGCUCAGUGCAGGAUGCUCAGUGCUCAGUUCAGAGCGUGGUGCUGGGUGCAGGGUGCUCAGCACAGUGCAGGGUUGCUGAGGUGCCCACAGGGUGCUCAGUGCACAGAACACAGUGCAGGAUGCACAGCAGGUGGGACAGGGUGCUCAGUGCAGGGUUUUCCUCGUACCUUUGUCCUCCCAUUCUGCUCUUUGGCACACGGUGCCCUCUCCCCCCUCCUGUGGCACCCCUCUGGCAGCCCAGCACCAAGCUGUGCCCCCAUAACCUGAGCACUGCCAUACACAGAGGCACCCAUGGGUUGAGGCUGUCUGUCUGUCCAGGUGUCCAGAGCUCAGCCAGGGUUGGGACUGCCCAUCUAUACCAGGAUGAGCAUGGUGGCCUGGGCAGGGUGGGUGCCCAGUGGGAGGCUGCACCUGCGGGUCUUGGGGAGCGUCAGCCUCUGCUGAGGCUUGAGAGGUGUUGGCAGCACCUAGGUCGGGGUGGCUGUGGGAUGUGGGUCCCUUGGCAGGGGUGCAGAUGGGCUUCUGAGCAGCUGCGUUGGCACCUUGCAGCCCACACAAAGCACUGGCGCUCUCCUGGCAGUGCCCAUCUGUUACUGUGCCCUGUGUGGCAGGGAUGUGACAUCCACGCUUUGUCCAGCUCAAGUUCCUUGGGACUCAUGGCUGGAGUUGCUGGCACUGGGGCCAGCAGCAUGAGCUGGGCUGCCCUCCUGGGCAGGCAGGGGAUGGUUUGCAUCACAGAGGCCUUUGCUCUGUCCCUCUCUGUGUUUGUUUGUGUGCUCAGGCUCUGUCCAAAAGUCAUCUCACAGCUUGAAACCCCUUCAGACGCCUCCCUGUGCCAGGCCCUGCUGGCUGCUUGGACUCGGUUUCAGGAGGAGAGUCCUCCCUCAGCACAGCCGUGCUGCUCCCUCCUGCUCAGGCACCGAGCAACGAGCUGCUGUUGGAGCCCAGCUGGUGGUGACGCCCUGCACAGCAUCAGGAAGGAAGUCACAAACAAGUGCGUCUGUGUGUCUGUCCGUGUGUCUGUGCCUGGGCAGGAUCUGGAGCCGUUUCUGGAGCAGGUGUUUUGGUGGCCACGGGUUCAGCAUGAAGCUCAACUAGAAGCACCAUGACCGUAUGGGGAGAAGAAACAGAUGAAGAGAGCAGGAAGGAGCAGCACUUGUCUUGUUAAUGGCCCUGACUCUGCUUGGCAGCUGCAAAAAUGCCAGAGCUGUUGGAUGUCCCUCUGAUCUACAUCCCAACAAAUCCACCCACUUUAUCUCAUACCUAGGGGUGCAGCUGAGGCUGUUUAGCUUCAGAUGCCCGUGGGGUUGGACACUCGCUAGCAGAGAGCUGAAGCCCCCAGCCUGUGCCCAGGAGAGCAGGAUGCGGGUCACCACGCGCAGGGUGCUGCUGCUGCUGGGCUCGGUGGCGGCCCUGAUGGUGACCCUGCACCUCGGGCAGCAAGUCCUGGAGUGCCAGCAGGUCCUGAGCGAGAGGAGGCACAGGCUGAUGAGGCCGGAGAACGAGGAGCUGGUGAUGGUGGACGCCAACCACGUGGAGUACCGCUACAGCAAGGACAUGCCCCUGAUCUUCAUCGGCGGCGUCCCGCGCAGCGGCACCACGCUGAUGAGGGCCAUGCUGGACGCCCACCCCGAGGUGCGCUGCGGGGAGGAGACCCGCAUCAUCCCCCGCGUGCUGGCCAUGCGCCAGGCCUGGUCCAAGUCCGGCCGCGAGAAGAUGCGGCUGGACGAGGCGGGGGUGACGGACCAGGUGCUGGACGCGGCCAUGCAGGCCUUCAUCCUGGAAGUGAUCGCCAAGCACGGCGAGCCCGCCAGGUACCUGUGCAACAAGGACCCCUUCACGCUGAAAUCCUCCGUGUACCUGUCCCGGCUGUUCCCCAACUCCAAGUUCCUGCUGAUGGUGCGGGACGGGCGCGCCUCGGUGCACUCCAUGAUCACGCGCAAGGUGACCAUCGCCGGCUUCGACCUCAACAGCUACCGGGACUGCCUGACCAAGUGGAACAAGGCCAUCGAGGUGAUGUACUCCCAGUGCCUGGAGAUCGGCCGCGCCCGCUGCCUGCCCGUCUACUACGAGCAGCUGGUGCUGCACCCCGAGCAGUCCAUGCAGAACAUCAUGAGGUUCCUGGACAUCUCCUGGAGCGACUCGGUGCUGCACCACGAGGAGCUCAUCGGGAAGCCCGGUGGGGUGUCCCUUUCCAAGAUAGAGAGGUCAACAGACCAGGUGAUCAAGCCGGUGAACAUGGAGGCGUUAUCCAAAUGGAUCGGGCACAUCCCGGGGGAUGUGCUGCAGGACAUGGCCCACAUCGCGCCCAUGCUGGCCAGGCUGGGCUACGACCCCUACGCCAACCCCCCCAACUACGGCCACCCCGACCCCCUGGUUGUCAACAACACGCACAGGGUUUUAAAGGGGGAUUAUAAAACACCGGCCAAUCUCAAAGGUCACCUGCAGGUGACUCAGAACACAUCAUCUUCUCACUAAGAAAAUUAAUGAUUUCCAGAACGCUGCCAAUGGCCUGUUGUUUGCCCGAGAAGGACGAAGUGUGCAGUGGGCCCGUGGAAAUCUGUUCUCCAAGCAUAUUGCUUGCUCCUACUGUUGCCAAAUGACUGCGCUCCAGGAAUGUAUUUGCAUUUAUUUGCAAAGGCCAAACGUGCUCCACGGCGGGAACGUCCCCGGCCGGUCCCAGCGCUCUGUGGGGAAUGCAGCUGUGGAAACCCGGGCUGGUGGGGGGACGGCAUGGCAGGACAUUACAAGUGCCGUGGCUGGAGGACUCUGUACAUCGCGUUUGUGUCUCGUGAUCUGUUCCCCGUUCCCGGUGUGGGGAACAGCCCUCCCAUCCCCGCUGUUCCGUAUUCCUGGGAUCGGGAAGAGCCGCCCCGGUCCUGCUGUUCCCCACUCCCAGGGUCAGGAACUGCCCCCUGGCCCUGCAGAGGCUUUGUGGUGCGUGUGCCCUCCGCCCUAACCCAUCCCCGACCCUGCAGAGGCUAUUGCAGAGUUAAUAUAUGCCCCCCUCCCCCCUCCCCCCAUCAACGGUGUUGGACACCAUUAAAGUGUUGAUUUGAUAUUUAA